CGAACAUUUAAAACGAAAACAUUUCAACAAGAGCUGUCUCUAUUAGCGGAUAUGGAUAUCAAUACUAAUUACUAUUAAUCUCUGAAUAUUUGAAAAAAAUUGAAUAAAACAAAUUCAAAGUCCAUCAGGGAGGGAGGAACCAAAAUGGAAACGACGGCGGACCCUCCACCACAGCUAUCACCGCCGCCCCCACCACCCAUCUCCGACCCCAUAUCGCCGGAAAACGACGUGGCACUGUCCCCACAGCUCAACAACUCCUCGGAAGACCAAUCAUCCUCCCUCCCAAAGGAAACGACACCAGAAACCGCCGUUUUGGAAUCCCCAGAAGAUUCUUCUUCAUCUCACCAACACGCCCCACCUGACCCCAACCCCGCGGCUCCCGGUCCUCCCCGCAAGCGCCGCCGUCGCAAGAAAUUUUUCACGGAGAUCAACGGCGCCGCCUCCAUCGCCGCCAGGAACCGCCGUAACGAUGUUGCCAAGGACUGCGAUGUCGAGGCCCUCAUCGCCAUCUCCGUCGGUUUCCCCGUCGACUCUCUGACGGAGGAGGAGAUCGAGGCCAACGUCGUCUCCACCGUCGGCGGCUCCGAGCAGACCAACUACAUCGUCGUCCGAAACCACAUCCUCGCACGGUGGCGCUCCAACGUCGACGUGUGGCUCACGCGCGAUCGAGCCCUCCAAUCUAUCCGUUCCGAGCACAAAGGGUUGGUCGAUUCCGCGUACCGUUUCCUCCUCGAGCACGGGUACAUCAAUUUCGGCAUCGCGCCACCGAUUAAAGAAGCGAAGUUGAAACCUUUCGAUGAUUUCGAAAGAGGAACGGUGAUUGUGAUUGGUGCUGGGUUCGCAGGUUUGGUUGCGGCGCGGCAAUUGGUGUUUCUAGGGUUUAAAGUUGCGAUUUUGGAGGGAAGGAUGCGCCCUGGUGGGCGCGUGAAGACAAAGAAGAUGAUGGGUGAUGGAGUUGAGGCUGCAGCGGAUUUUGGUGGGAGUGUGCUUACUGGAAUCAAUGGCAACCCUCUUGGGGUUUUGGCGAGGCAAUUGGGUUUGCCUCUUCAUAAGGUUAGGGAUCUUUGCCCUUUGUAUAUGCCUGAUGGAAGGGCUGUUGAUUCUGAUAUUGAUUCUAGGGUUGAAGUUUCAUUUAAUAAGCUUUUGGAGAGGGUUUGUAAGCUUAGGCAGGAUAUGAUUGAGGAGGUUAAGUCGGUUGAUGUGCCGUUAGGGACGGCGCUGGAGGCAUUCCGGCGGGUUUAUAAGGUUUGUGAGGAACAGGAGGAAAGGAUGCUGUUGAAUUGGCACCUUGCUAAUUUGGAGUAUGCUAAUGCUACUCUGAUGUCGAAUUUGUCCAUGGCAUAUUGGGAUCAGGACGAUCCUUAUGAGAUGGGUGGUGAUCACUGUUUUAUCCCCGGAGGGAACGAGAUUUUCGUUAGGGCGCUCGCGGAAGAUUUACCAAUUUUCUAUGGGCGGACUGUGGAGUGUGUUAAGUAUGGAUCUGAUGGGGUGAUUGUUUAUGCCAGCGGGCAGGAAUUCCGGGGGGACAUGGUGGUUUGCACUGUGCCGUUAGGUGUGCUUAAGAAGGGGUCUAUUGAGUUUGUCCCUGAGCUUCCUCAGAGAAAGAAAGAUGCAAUUCAUAGGUUAGGGUUUGGGUUGCUGAACAAGGUUGCUAUUCUAUUUCCAUAUAAUUUCUGGGGUGGGAACAUUGAUACGUUUGGUCAUUUGACUGAGGACUUGAGUAUGAGGGGUGAGUUUUUUCUGUUCUAUAGCUACUCUUCUGUGUCCGGAGGCCCACUACUCGUUGCCCUUGUUGCCGGGGAUGCUGCAAUUAGGUUUGAGAUGAUGUCACCGGUGGAGUCUGUGAGAAGGGUUUUGGACAUUCUGAAGGAUAUAUAUAACCCAAAGGGAAUUGUUGUUCCGGAACCUGUUCAGGCAGUCUGUACGCGGUGGGGGAAGGAUCACUUUGCUUAUGGAUCUUAUUCUUAUGUUGCUGUUGGUUCAUCAGGAGACGAUUAUGAUAUUCUUGCAGAGAGUGUUGGAGAUGGGAGACUGUUCUUUGCCGGUGAGGCGACCAGUAAACAAUAUCCUGCGACAAUGCACGGAGCAUUUCUUAGUGGAAUGAGAGAGGCUGCAAACAUUCUGAGGGUCGCAAAUAGAAGAUCUUUGGUGCCAGUUGACAGAACAAGAAACACCAGAGAGAGUGAUGAAUUGAACAAAUUGUUUAUGAACCCUGACCUCAAAUUUGGGAGCUUCUCUGCUUUGUUUAAUCCAGAGCCGAAUGAUCUUGAUUCUAUUGCAUUACUACGCGUUAAAAUUGGAGAAGCGGUCAUGGACUCUGGCAAUCUUUAUCUUUACGCCAUGGUUUCGAAGAAGCAAGCCGUUGAGUUGAGUCAGGUGGAUGGAGACGAAAACAGGAUGAGAAUGUUAAGCCACAAUUUUGGGGUGAGUUUGGUUGGGAGGAAGGGCUUAAGUAGUGCUGCUGAAUCUAUUAUUGGCAGCAUAAAAUUAUCGAGAUCCAAUCUUAUUAAAGCAGAAAAUGGUCUGGUUCACCACAUGAAUUCUUAGAGCAUCAUGGAGAACAGAGGCUCAUUGUUAACUGUAUUAUUAAACUCAGAUGUUUUCUGUUAGAAGUUAGAACUACAUAGUUUCUGACCAUUUUUCCCGUCAUUGUUACCCAUUUUUAGCAUUGAUGUUCCACAAGGAACAAGGCUGUAGUCGCUUCUUUAUGAUUAAAUAUGAAUGUAGAAAUAUUAAUUUCCUAGUUGGUUA